CGUAUAGACAGUGGUCUGUGGUCUAUGGUCUGAUCAAGAAUCUCUUCAGUAGCCAUGAGCUCGUGUAUAAAGCAUCUCGAAGCCAGGUUUACAUGUGCAAAAUAAAUCCUUCCAGAUCAACAUCGUUCUACAAAACCUUCGCUUCCUGAUCCUCACCCAUUCGUCAUCUCCAUCGACUAUGAGUCACCUCGCUCGCGCAGCAGUUGCUGCCGCCGCCGCCGUCAAUGCUUCAUCUUUGGCCGAUGUAUGCACUGUCUCGAACGUCCAGGCUGCUCUGCCUGCCAACGGUACCCUUCUCGGCAUCGAUCUGAUCCCCUCGGCUAUCACCGCAAGCGCCGUCUACAAUGCAUCUACCAGCAUGGGUGGUAUGGACUCUAGUGGAGGAGCUACUUACACCUACUGUAAUGUCACCAUCACCUAUACCCAUACUGGCAAGAAUGAUGAGGUUGUUGUCAAGUACGCUUUCCCGCAGCCUUCUGACUUUAAGAAGCGCUUCUAUGUCGCUGGUGGAGGUGGCUUCUCCCUCUCCAGCACCGCGACUGGAGGUCUCGAGUACGGCGCCGUUGGUGCUGCUACUUCUGCCGGCUACGAUGCCUUCGACUACAGCUACGACGAGGUCGUCCUUGCAGGCAACGGAUCCAUCAACUGGGAUGCAACCUACAUGUUCUCUUACCAGGCUCUCGGUGAGAUGACCAAGGUUGGCAAGUACAUCACCGAAGGCUUCUACGGCAUGAACAACACCAAGGUCUACACCUACUACGAGGGAUGCUCUGAUGGUGGCCGUGAGGGUAUGAGCCAGGUCCAGCGCUUUGGAGACGAGUACGAUGGAGCAAUCACCGGCGCUCCCGCCUUCCGUUUCGCCCAGCAGCAGGUGCACCACGUCUAUCCCGCAACCGUCGAACACACCAUGGACUACUAUCCUCCUCCUUGUGCUCUGGCCAAGAUCGUCAACGCUACCAUUGCUGCAUGCGAUCCCCUCGACGGCAGAACUGAUGGUGUCAUUUCUCGUACCGAUCUGUGCAAGCUACACUUCAACUUGAGCUCCAUCAUCGGCGAAUCCUACUACUGUGCUGCCGAGACUAGCUCUUCUCUGGGCUUUGGCUUCAGCAAACGCCAGGCUGGUAGCCAGACUAGCACUACACCAGCCCAGAACGGUACCGUCACUGCUCAAGAUGUCGCAGUUGCCCAAGCUGUAUACGAUGGUCUUCACAACUCCAAGGGCGAGCGUGCCUACCUCUCUUGGCAGAUUGGCUCUGAGCUGUCCGAUGCUGAUCCGACCUACAACUCGAAUACCAGCUCGUGGGGGCUUAAUAUCCCUUCUACUGGCGGCGAGUACGUGACCAAGUUUGUCCAGCUUCUUGAUCUUGACAACCUCUCCGACCUUGAUGGUGUCACCUAUGAUACUCUUGUCGACUGGAUGACCAUCGGCAUGGUUCGCUACCUGGACAGUCUGCAGACCACCCUUCCCGACCUCACCACCUUCAGAGAGUCUGGCGGCAAGCUCCUCCACUACCAUGGUGAAUCCGACCCCAGUAUUCCUGCUGCCUCUUCUGUCCACUAUUGGCAGUCCGUCCGCUCCAUCAUGUACGGCCACCUCUCGCAGGAAGACGCUCAAAAGGAGCUCCAAGACUGGUACCAGUUCUACCUCAUCCCCGGCGCCGCCCACUGUGGUACCAACAGUCUCCAACCCGGCCCUUACCCCGAGAACAACAUGAAUAUCAUGAUCGACUGGGUCGAGAACGGUAACAAGCCUUCGCGCUUGAACGCUACCGUGUCCUCGGGCGACUACGAGGGCGAGACUCAGAUGCUUUGUCAAUGGCCCACCCGCCCUGUCUGGCACGGUAACAGCACUUUUGACUGCGUUAACGACAAGGCCUCUAUCGACAGCUGGACUUACACCUUCCCUGCUUUCAAGGUUCCCGUUUACUAGACUGCUUGAUGCAUAUCUGGUC